AUGGGGAAAUUCCGGCGACAACACGCGAAGAAAAGCAAGAGAAGAACCAAGAAGAAAUCCCUCCAAAGGGAGGAGGAGGUGGGGGAGAACAGGAGAGCGGAGGACGAGCAGAUGCAGGCCGGAGGAGAGCCUGUCGUCGUCGACGACGGCCGUGAUCAAGAAGGAGAAAAUGACAAGAAGGAGAAGAUGGUGCUGCUCCUGUGCAGGGACGGCGUGGAGCUAGUUGUGCCAAAGGAGGAAGCCAGACGGUACGGCGGUACCAUCGAGGGGAACAUCAAGUACGACGAGUACAGCAACGCAUACGGCCGGAGCAUAAGCAUCCCCAACCGCGGCUAUUCCCUCAUCAGCCUCUCCCUCGAAUCCGACGUCCUCUCCAUCGUCAUCCACUACUCCAACAAGAAGCGCCACGACCCCAGCUGGGACACCACCGAGCUCAUCGGCGGCCUCCACCACCCCACCCUCUUCCGUCUCAUCCUCGGCGCUCAACACCUCGAGAACCGGGGCCUGCUCGGCGUCGCCUGCAGGGCCGUCGCCGGCAUGAUCGAUGGCAAGCCGGAGCGCGAGAUCCGCGCCAUGUUCGGAAUCAGGCCACCUACACCGGCACCCGACUCCACUCUACUAAGAAAGACCACGCCGGAUGACCGGACGAUGACGGCGUCCGAACUAGAGCUCGAGAAGAGGGCGCUCAGGGCUCUCCACAUUGUGCGCUGCCAGGACUUCACCGCGUACGACCCCAAGCGCCGCGCUUUCUGGCACUCACGCUUCUGCGGUUACAACAUCGCCUUCUUCGACCUCGACGAGGAAUCUAGGUUUGGACGUGGGCCACCGCUUCACAGGGUGCGUGAGCCGUCGAUCGCGACCUCGUCCGUCAACGUCAUUUCCCUCAAGGUGCGCGAGUCGGACGUCGGCUUCCCCAUCAACGUGUUUGGUACCAUUAUUGCCCGGGACAUGAUCGACUAUAGAUGUGUCUAUCUCUUCAAUCGUGAUGCUGAUGAUUCACAGGUCAUCACCUCACCGGAUGAUAUGUUGGCUUUGAUGGACCCUCAUCGAGGGCUUGUUCCAGAAGAUAUCAUUUACCUUGAGAUCAAUUUAAAGAUCAAGUGUGAUGGAGGUGCAACUAAAGACUUCAGCAGAGGUCUAACGGAUUUCAACAUUUGCCGCCUUCGUGAGCAAACCAUGACUGCCAGUCUAACCACCUGGCUGAGCAGGGUGGAAUUGGAAAUUGCACAUGUUCGACGUCCUCUAGAAGCUUCCAUUAGCAUCAGCAUUCUCAAAGGCCCCUCGGUUCUUAAGAGAGUAGAGGCAUGGACAAGUGGAAACAUCGAGGCUCGUAUCAUUCUAUAUUCUAGUGAAGUAGCUACCGGAACACAGAUGACAAAAGCGUGUUAUUCUAUCACGUUAUCUCGUCGCGUGGUAUUUGUUCCACUUGAUGAAAAACUAGUGGUGAAUAUUGUUAGUCACAAUGAAGAUGAGAACCUUGUCCUCACUCUAGGACAUUGCGAUGAGGAAGACCACCGUGUUUGUAAGAUGGGUUGCAGCGAACUGCAGGUGAACGUAUCUUGGACUGCGAUCCCAAAAAGAGAGACAAAUGACUGGAGGGAGAUUGUUGGAAAUGUAUGGCUGUUAAAAUGA